AUGCACUCCUCUUCAUACGUCGCAUCAACCUCGGUCCCAAAACCAAACCAUCAAGCGACUCCCACGAGAUCUAUGAGUGUGCCAACGACGACUGCACAGCAGACAACAUCCGGCUCUGGCUCCGGCUCGGCCACCUCUGCUGGUACUGGUGUUAUUGGGGGCGCUGCAGGUGCCAGUAUUAUUGGAGCCGGUGUCAUCUUCCUACUGUGGAAGAGGAGGAAAUCACACCAGCAAGAUGGAUUGAAUGAACCAGGGAAUAUCCGAUACGACUAUAUUCCGAAAGGCCAGUCGGAUCACGUUGGGAAGUGA